AGCACCAUACGGUCGGGUGCUUCAUUAAGCUUGGAGUCCGACUUUUACCUUCAGUUACAGACGAGUUUCAGAGCAGUGCGGUUCGCAGUGUUCGUUGUGGAGGUUUGUCUAAAUCAAUAUAAAAACGGCUCAGAAUUAUAAUUGCAACAAGUAGAGAAACUGAAGCUAAAGCAAUUAUAUGCGAGUAUUUCUAUGGCAAAUUAAAAAUAUAUAAUAAAUAAUCUCAUUAAGGAAAAGUUUGGCGAGAUAUACCAAAACAUAAAAGAAAUUGUGAAAGUUCAUUGAAAUUACGACCGGAAAUACAAAACAUAUGUACAUACAAGUACAUAAAUAAGUACAACAUAAGUGGCAAGAAAAAAAAUUGUUGUUGAAUAAGCAAUCAAAUAAACCAAUAAAAUAUUAGCAACCGGAACACGCGCAAUAAUUUCAUAAAAGUGUUGAGAAACAACGCAAAACACAAAUCACAAUUCGCAACAGCGUCGCAGUCAAGGAUAUAAAUAUAAAAAGCAAAAAAACUGAGUUAAAAAACAACAAUAACAACAAAAGUAGUGCUACACAACACAAAGAGCAUUGCAAACUUAGAGAGCAAACUAAAAACAGCGCGCAAGCAAAAGUCAAGCAACAACCAACACUAGCAACAUGUUGCAGCAACAUCAGAUGUUAACAUUGGCCAUCGCCAUGCUGUUUGUACUGGCGAGUGGCGUGACUGGGCAACAGCUGAAGGGCAACCAAGAGGAUCCGUGCAAGGUGAAAGGACGUGUGGUUGGCGAUGAAGUCUAUUGUGACCGUUAUUGGGAGUGUGUUAGCAAUCAGCCGGAGCUCUACGAUUGUCCCAAUGGACUGGUCUUUGCUGGGAAGCAUCGUGGCGUUACGGAAGGCUGUGAUUAUCCGUGGCGCGCCAACUAUUGCGAGGGCAAGCAAUUAGCGAAUGGUCCCCUAUCGACCGACCAUUGCGACUGGUUGUAUGGCAUCUUCGGCCAUGAGACAUCCUGCACACGCUAUUGGACCUGCUGGAAUGGCACCGCAACGGAGCAGCUUUGCAUCGGCGGUCUGUUGUACAAUGAGAAUGCCCACAGCUGCGAUUGGCCGGAAAAUGUCGAUGGUUGUCAGAAGCAUCCUCUUUGCAAUGAUGAUGCCAACGGCAAUGUCCCAUUGGGUAAAUCGUGCAACCGUUAUUGGCAAUGUCAGGGCGGUUAUCCACGCUUGCAACGUUGUCCCGCUAUGUUGGUAUUCGAUCGGCAUUCGUUGCGCUGCGUUGUACCCCCGACGGAGGAGUGUGAUAUACCAACAACGCCAACGCCACUCGACGGCGAGGGAGAGAACAACAAUGUCGGCGGCGGUCAGCUGUCCAAGGACGAACAGGAGCGAAAGCUGGCCAACGAAGGUGUGCCGCCAUUGCCCUUACAGGGCAAGAACUUUCAACGUGCUAGAAAUUAGAAAUUCCAAUCAAAAUGCAAUGAGAGAAGAGGAGUAGAGGAGAGUGCCGCGCGGGAGAGAGGUGAGAAGGUGAGGUGUGAAGUGCGAAUAAGCGGCAGUAAUAUGAGAAGUUAAGAGAUCAGCGAGUUGCGUGGUGCUAUGACAACGUGGUGUGGACGAUAAGGAACAACAUAACAGUGGUUUCAAAUUAAAAUGCAACGAAAGUAAAUAUGCAGCCAAGAUGUUCGUGCUGCAAUAACAAUAACAUUGAAAAAGAAAUAAAUAAUAAAAUGGAAAAUAUCAAAACGCAAGAAUCAUAAUGACAGCGAUGAGGACAGAGAGAGGGCGAGAUGGAGAGAGUGAGGAAGGGAGGAAGAGUGAAGAUGCAGCAAGCUAGAUAUCAACAGUAAUGCGAGUGGUGUGAAGAUACCAUCUAACAAAAUUUUGUGACACAGUUCAGACAUAUUGGGUUAACGGUGUUGAGCGGCAGAGUCAAAAUGGCGUGCUCAAGUGACGCUACAAUUAGUUUUGAACACCUCAGCGCGCUUGAGACAUAUUCAGCAGAGCGUGUAAAUUCGAGUGGCUACUAAAAUAACAACAAGAAGCAGCAGCAAGGAUAAGCUUACAAACUAACGGUAUUAGCGUCAUAUUUGUCAAAAAAUACAACAUUGUCCAAAUUAUCAUAUCCUCUGACAGCUUGUACAGCAGCGAGCGGAAAUUUACAUUCAG